AAUAUUGAUAUAUUUUUUGUAAUAUAAGUUUUACCAUUUGGUAACAUGCAAAAUAAGUAUAACUAUUACGUUAAUACUUAUUCAUACUUAGGUUUAGAAUGCGUUAAAUUUAGCUUAAACCUUUACAAUGCUCAAAUGUAAAUAUCUCUAAGACGUCUUCGAUGACUUUUCCAUAUAAGAUGAGGAUUCCAGGAUGUGUAUUAAAUCUUCGGCGUGGAUCAUUUAAAAUUUUUAAAAGAUUCAAUGGUGGUCUUGGCCUAUGGAAUGAAGAUAUCUCAACAGAGAUUAAGUUAAAAAUAGAAAAGCAUUGGUGUAAAAAUGUACAACGUAAAAAUAGUAAGGUUAAUGACACACCAUACUAUGUGCUGCCAAUGUUUCCAUAUCCGUCUGGGAAUUUGCACAUGGGACAUGUUCGAGUAUAUUCUAUAUCGGAUACGAUUGCAAAGUUUCAUCAAAUGAAUGGAAAAAAUGUUUUACAUCCAAUAGGCUGGGAUGCAUUUGGUUUACCUGCCGAAAAUGCAGCCUUAGAGCGUAACAUUCCUCCACAGAACUGGACAAAGACUAAUAUUUCUACAAUGAAAGAACAACUUUUUGAUUUAGGCUUUAACUUUGAUUGGGACAAGGAAAUAAAUACAUGUGACCCCAGUUAUUACAAAUGGACACAAUAUAUAUUUCUUAAAUUAUUUGAAAAUGGUUUAGCUUACCAAAGUAAGGCAAAGGUGAACUGGGAUCCGGUAGACAAAACAGUGUUAGCAGAUGAACAAGUUGACGAUAAUGGCUGCUCAUGGAGAUCAGGUGCUAAAGUUGAAAAAAAGGUUCUAACUCAAUGGUUUAUCAGGACAACAAAAUAUGCUAAACAGUUAUAUGAUGGUCUGAAUAGUAAAAAUUUAGAGAACUGGAAGGAUAUCAUCAACCUUCAAAAACAUUGGAUUGGAGAAUGCAAUGGGAUUUCAGUCACAUUUCAGGUCAAAGUAGGCGAUAUUGUUAAAUCUUUUGAUGUGUGGACCUCUGAACCAUACAAGCUCAUACAUGGGGAAUUCUUAACUAUGCAAAAAGAUAAUAUAAUUCUAGAUGAAUACCUAAAAGACAAAAGUUUAAGUACAAAAUGUAUUAAUCCAAUAACAAAUUGUGAAAUACCAAUAUAUAUUACAGACAAUGUCAAUUAUCCUGAGGGACAGGAAGUAUAUCUUGCAUGUCCUUCUGUAGAUGUUGAAGAUAGAAAAAUAUCUCAAGAUCUUGGAAUUUCUUUUGAACAAGCAACUGGAAACAUAAAUAUAGACAAUGAAAACCAAAAAGCAAUAGAUAUAGCUUUAAGUCUAAAUGUUGGAGGACAUUUUGUUAGUUCCAAGCUUAAAGAUUGGUUGAUAUCUAGACAAAGGUUUUGGGGCACACCCAUACCAAUUAUUUAUUGUUCCGAAUGUGGAAUAGUUCCUGUACCCUACGAUGAUCUCCCUAUAACAUUACCUGACAUUGAAUCUCUUGAAUUUGGGCCCCCAUCAUUAAAAAAUAUGAAGGAUUGGAUGACAUGUAAAUGUCCCAAAUGCUCAGGUACUGCAACAAGGGAAACAGACACAAUGGAUACAUUUGUCGAUUCUUCUUGGUACUUUUAUCGUUUUUUGGAUCAUGACAACACAACUAUGCCAUUCAGUAAAGAAAAAAUUAAAGAUUUUACCCCUGUUCAUUGUUACAUUGGUGGUAAAGAACAUGCAGUUUUGCACUUAUAUUAUGCUCGGUUUAUGAGUUAUUUUCUACAUUCUCUUGGAUGGACUAUGGAGCCAGAGCCUUUCAAGAAACUUUUAGUUCAAGGUAUGGUUAUGGGACAAAGUUACAAAAUUAAAGCAUCUGGAAAGUAUAUACCCCCAGAGGAUGUUGAAAAAGUAGGUAAAGAAUACAAAGAAAAAAGCACUGGUGAACCUGUUUUAGUUCAGUGGGAAAAAAUGAGUAAAUCUAAAUAUAAUGGUGAAAAUCCAAAAAGGUUGUUGACCAGCUAUGGGUGUGACACAACACGACUACUAAUGCUGGCUGAUGUGCCCCCUGCUACAAGUAGACGUUGGUCUGAUGCGACUCUUCCAGGUGUAUUAAACUGGCAACACCGCUUGUGGAUAACUAUUCGGGAUUUUAUGAAGCACAGAAAUAAUCCAGAUCUCAUUAAGGAAAACUAUAUGUCAAAAGAAAUGGAAGAUUUGGAUACAAAAAUUUGGAAUGCAAGAAACUAUUUCAAUGCCACUGCAACAUAUCAUUUUAAAUACACCCAAAAACUGAGUGUUGGUAUCUCAAGAUUACAGAGCUUGACAAAUGUAUUACGAAAUAGUAUACCACCAGAAGUGAUAGCUAACAGUAAAGAGUAUGAACUAGCUCUUGCAGCAUUAAUUAUUAUGUUGACACCGGUCACUCCACAUUUUUGCUCUGAAUUGUGGGCAGGAUUUUUAUCUACGCCUAAUAGAAUAAACAAUAACUCAGUUAUAAUAGACUGGCAGAAAAGUGUACUAGAGCAACAGUGGCCGCAGGUGGACAACAAUUUUGAACUGUCAUUCUUAUGCAAGGUAGAUGGAGCUGACAGGUGCGACCUUAAAAUAAGGGCGGAUGAACUUUCCAAAAUCAACCACGAAAGGGCUCUACAAAUGAUGGUCGAGCAAGAACCUGUUGCUAAAAGAAUUGCAAGAGGCAUAGUAAAUACCAAAUAUGAACUUUUCCCGAACUGUCGAGCAAUAUUGUAUAUUUACACAAACAGAAAUGUUCAAAAAUCAAAGAUUCAAGAAACUUGUUGA